UGUGUGGGACAUGGUCUUCUUCCACAGGGUCCAGUGGAGGCAGUUUUGGGGAAAAAUGUUACUUUCAAAACCCUGGUUGAUCUCAAACACAACUUCAGCACCUUUGUUUGGUAUUUCAACCACGGGAGUGUGCUUGUACCGAUUGUCACUGUAACGCCAGUAGGAGAGACAGUGGCUGAUGGUUACAAGGGAAGAGUGCAAGUGAACCGGACCAAUGGUUUCUUGACCCUGGGGCCACUGGACAAGAAGGACAGAGGGUAUUAUAAUGCUACAAUGGUAACUUCUGAAGUGAAAAAGACUGGAGAGACCAUGCUCCGAAUUCUGGGAUGCUGUGAAUGGUAUGCACUGCCUGAGGGUCCUCUGGAAGCCGUCUCAGGGACAAAUGUGACUUUCAAAACCCUGAUUGAUCCCAAAGAGGAGAUCAAUGCCACAGCCUGGUUUUUCAGCAAUGGGGGUGAGCUGAUGCGUAUUGCCACCCUGAGCAGAUCACAAGAGAGCAUAGUAUUUAAGAAUUACCAGGGAAGAGUGACCGUAAACCAGACCAACGGGUUCUUGACACUGGGGCCUCUGGCCAUGAUCGACGGCGGGGAUUAUUAUGUCAACAUCCUUACCGGCAAAGGGGUAAAGACUGGAGAGAUCAAGCUCCGAGUUCUGGAGCCGGUGUUGAAUGUGACCAUCAGGGCCAACGUGUCUGAGAGGGUAGAGUUUAACAGCACUGUGGUUCUCACCUGCUCUGCCGAGGGUUCAUUCCUCAAAUUCUCCUGGACCAACGGCACUGCACCCAUCAUGGCUGACAACGCAAGACUUGCUAUUGAAGAGGAGACCACAUCCAGUACGCUGACGAUCAGUGGUAUUCAAAGUACAGACCUGGUUGGUCCCAUCUACUGCACAGCUGCAAACCAGCUGGAGAUGGAGAAGAGCGCCCCCUUCAACCUCACUGUCAUUCUUCCUCCACCCCUAUCUGUGUCAACUACACAGCCUGGAAUAGUGAGCACCUUUUGGUCAGUGACUUUUGAAAAUCCAGACCCUUGUGCUCUGAAGGGAUCAUCAGUACAGUUCAGGUGUUCUUAUGACUACCCAGACGGGGAAACUGUCCACAAGAAUGAAUGGUUCAGAGGGGACAUCAAAAAUGGCAGAUGGAAACGCACUGAGCUCUCAAGUCUUUCUUCAUAUCAAAAUCGUGUGAAAUAUAUCGGUGACCGAGAGCACAAUUGUAGCUUAGAACUUUAUGACCUACGGGACGAUGACACUGGAUAUUACUACUUCAGAUUUGACACAAACACAUACGGAUGGCGCAGUAAAAGAUCUGUGUAUUUGUCUUUAACAGAUCUGACUGCCAGCGUGAAACCUGACAGUGUUAGGGUAGGACAAAAUGUGACUCUAACAUGUGACACAUCCUGCACACUGCCCGGACUAACCCAGAUUGUCUGGUACAAAAAUGGGCAACCAGUGGCCAAACCACCCCAUUUCCAGGCAGGUGCAGGGGAUGCUGGGAGUUAUACGUGUGCUGUUAAAGGCCAGGAGUUUGUGCAGAGCAAUCCUGUGUUUCUGGAUGUUCAAUAUGCUCCAUUGAACGUGACAAUUGAGGUAAAUCACAAUGGCAGCCUGGCAGAGGGCAGAAGUGUGAACCUGACCUGCAGUAGUGCCGCUAACCCACCAGCAGUGAUACACACCUGGUACAGGAGGACUGCUUCCAGCUCCAUACUCCAGGUGGGCUCAGGACAGGUGCUGUCUUUACCCUCUCUCGAGCUGUCCAACACUGGAAUCUACAUAUGUCAGGCAAGGAACCGUCUGGGAGAAAACAACUCAACAGAAGUGCUGCUGGAGGUAGAUAAAUCAGAGAGACUGCCAGAGAAGGAAAAGGAAGGUGAGGAACAAAGACCAACAUCCCCAUAUACCACCACAUCCUCACAUGCCACCACAACACAGAGCAGCAACAGGGAUACAAGGGUGGAUAAUAAGGACUUAUUGGACAUUCAGUGUGUCUUGUUUGACAAGCUGCAAGCAGAGCUGGUAGAGAUGCGGUUGAGCUUAGAGAGGAACCUCCGUCAGAUGGAAGGCCGAACACACUCUCUACUGUGGUCCAUGACCAGGAGGUUAGAGCGAAUGACAGAGGCCAUGGACCGCAAAUCUGCCCCCUCUCACCAGAGUAAAACCUACUUAUCCCUUCACCAUUUGCUAUCAAGCAGGGUUUUAGCAGUGACCCCUUCCAGCCAACCUCCAGGCAUUCUCCCCAUGAGUCUCCACACCAGAGCUCAGCGCAAACGUGGAGGUCAGAGAGGAAAUCGCUCCUGAAAUGGGCUUGUUUAAACUGAAAAUGAUCGUAAUGUAACAUAACAUAAUGUAAUUUUCAUUCUGAAUAAUUUGAAAUGAACACACUUGGCUUUUACUAAAUAUUUCUUUACUGUCUUAAGUUUUCCUUUUACAAACACAACUUUAUAAUAAACUUAAUUUUUAAAUAUAUGCAUUUGCACUCUAACUGAAUUUUGUAUACCGUGUAAAGAGGGAAGCCAACAUAUGCAACAACAUAUAAGUGCAUGUAUUGAUAUAAUUUUCCCCUUAAGAACAUUAUGUGAUUAACAUGAUCUGCAAAUAAUAAUAAACGGCAAUCCCAAAUGUUAGACAUCUAAUACUAAUGUCUGUUUUUUGGUUGUUUUUUAGUGUUUCAUGACUCCAAAUCAAGUCUAAGGGUGGAGGGUGUUGGCUGUAUAGAUAGUAAAGGGAUAUCUCCUCAAAGCGCUUCCUAUAGGCUUCAUAGAUGGCUGCCUAAGGCAUCAAAAUUGCAUCCAGAAAAAAUAUACUUUUACUGUAAAACUGUUAAGACCAGUAUUCCCAGCGAUCAGAUCAACUUUACAUUGUUCAACUUCAAAUAGUGACAUUUUCACCAUUGUAAUAAUAUUGAUAGUGUUGAUGCUGCAGGACA